AUGCCGGUCACACUCCCCAUCAUCCACUUCAACGACGUCUACCGUGUUCGACAGAAGGACAAAGCCUCGGGCGGAACCAUCGGAGCAGACCAGUUCGCAGCAAAGAUUCAGUCCAUCCGCGAAUCAUGGGGCGAGCCAUCCGACAUCUCCAACCUCCCUCCACCGCCAUCAGCCCCCUCAUCCUCUGGCUCACGCGACUGGACAUCACAUUCCACCUCACGUCAACGCAAAGGUCUCGUACUCUUCAGCGGCGAUCUCUACUCCCCUUCGGUCGAAAGUAGCGUCACAAGAGGAACGCACUUGAUCCCCGUCAUCAACGCCAUGAACCUCGACUGUGCCUGUCUGGGCAACCACGACUGGGAUUUCGGGUAUCCGCACUUGCAAACGUUGAUGACGCAGAACAACUUCCCGUGGCUAUUUUCGAAUGUGGUUGAUCGUUCAGCGAAGAGCGAAGAGGAGAACAAGGACUGCAGCAAUUGGGAUGAGGACUUUUUGGACGACGAUGCGCAGGUGGAGGGAACGUUGAGGUACUGGACCACGGUGGUGCAGGGUGUCAAAGUAGGAUGCAUCGGUAUCGUGGAAAAGGAAUGGAUCGCUACCGUACCCAGCUUCCCCGAAGGAUUCGUCUACAGGAACAUGAUCAAGACCGCCGACAAACUCAGUCGCACCCUCCGCGAUCCACAAGGCGAAGCCUGCGAACUCAUCAUCGCCAUCACCCACAGCCGUCUACCCAACGACAUCGACUUUGCCAAUGCCGUCGGAGCCGUUUCCAACCCGGAUCCAAACUCGCACGGCGUCGAUCUCGUCCUCGGUGGUCACGAUCACAUCUACUACGUCGGCAACGGAGCUUCCGACUACAGCGGCGACGAGUUCCCGCGCGGCGAACCGGGUACGGAGAAGGACGAGAGAGCCAUGGUGGUGAAAUCCGGAACCGACUUUCGCGACCUCUCCGAGCUACGUCUCGAACUUUCCGAUGUCGACGAUUCGGCUGUCCGCAAGAGGACGAUUCUGUCACUCGGCGUGAAACGAUAUCGUGCAUCCCCCACCGAUCCGAGCUCGCCCGAACUCAAAUCGAUGCUCGACGAUCUGCUCGCCAAAAUCUCCAAGUCUACAUCGCAAAGCGUCGCCUACACACUCACGCCCUGGGACGUGCGUUCCGAAAAAGUGCGGACCGACGAAUCCGCCUUCGGAAACUUUGUCGCCGACGUGCUCAUGAAUUCGUACGAGGAGGUGCUGCGCGAACGCGACAAUCGAGGCGAGCUGAACGAGAACCGACCUUCGCACGCGCGGGAAGUCGAUUGUGCCAUCAUCUGCGGUGGAAGUCUGCGCGGGGAUCAGCUGUACGGUCCCGGGAAGAUCGCGUUGAGCGAUGUGCUGGAGAUCCUGCCGUUCGAGGAUGCGGUGGUGUGCAAGGAGUUGAAGGGGAGGGAUAUCUGGGAGGCGCUGGAGAACGGGUUGUCGAUGUACCCGAAGCAGGAAGGGAGAUUUCCGCAGGUGGCCGGAUUGAUGGUCAAGUGGGACUCGAGGAAGGAACCAGGCAAGAGGUUGGUGAGUGUCGAGCUGUUGGACAACCCGCUGGAUACGCCAAAGGAAGGGGAAGGUGAGGAGGACGUCGGCAAGUUGAGGAGGUUUUCCGUGACGAAGUUGCCAGAAGGAGGGUACGAUGUGGAAGUUCACCGACCCGCGUUGGUCAGUAGAGGCCCUUUGGAGAUGGACAAGGUCUACCGAGUCGUGACGAGGGAAUACCUGGCCGAAGGGUACGAUGGAUUCGAAGCUUUGAAAAGGGGAGAGUUCGUGGUGGAUCACGAGAAUGGGCAGCUCAUGUCGGCGAUCGUCAGGAAAUUCCUGCUGGGUGCGAGCUACCUGUGGCGCAUGAAGCAGAUGCGCAGGUUGCAGGCCGAGAACGCUGCGAACCUCUCUGCUUCGGGGAGCCCUGGUUCGGGAGCGGAUCAGCUCGAUUCCGCAGACGCGCAUCACAGCGAAAGCGGACACAAAGAUCGCGACGUCGAUACGCUGAGCAAACGUACACGCAUCGCCAUCUCACGUGCACGUUCGCUGAAUCUCCUCAAACGCUCCAUGAAGCAUUCCCCGGGCGAAGCGCCGACGACACCGAUCAAGCAAACUCCGAUGGGACGAUCCGGCUCGCUCGACAAGGACACCUGGCGUAUGGUCGUCGACCAGUCACCUGGCGGAUUCCGAGACGCGCUGCACGUCGGAGGUUCCGAACAUCAUUCUCAGUUCGACCGCGUGCACAGGCGGUUCAACGAACCGCUGUCCUCGGACUCGAAGGACGUCGCUCCGACUUCGUCGCACGCUGCGACGCGCACCUUCGACUCGGACGCAGCGACCGAGACCGGACCGCCAGCAGCGAAACGCAUCCGAUCUGAAGAGACACCGGAGAACGCGCUGUUCGACCCGACGCUUGCCUCCGGGUUGCUCGCGCAGAUCAAGGAGCUGCUCGCGCUCGUCCUGCGGGCAGCUUCUCCCGACGGGAAACUCUACAACCCUCCCACCGACGUCGGAUCGAAGUCGACACAGCAGGACGAGGAAGUGGAGUCCAGCGGAGCCAACAUCGCCCUCGGCAGCAUGGCCGUGGAUGAAGCCGAUGCAGACGCUACACUUUCCUUCCUCACCACCGCCGCCCACACCGCUUCCUCCUCGAACAAGGGAAGCGCUACUCAGCUAUCCCAGGAGAUCGUCGACAAAGCAACCCAGUUGAGAUCCACAUUCGCAACACUCGAGAAAGCGGCCAAAGAUCUUCCCGGUGGAAUGGACAUGGGUCUGCAGGAGCAGGAACGGUUGUUGCAGGUCUUGGAAAGGUUCAUCGCUAGACAGGAUGAGAGUUUCGCCGAACUGAAGAAGGACGAACGCAAGGUGGGGAAGGGGGCGAUCGCAUCGGGGAGUUUCAGGCAUGGAGCGGUGGCGUCCAGUUCGUUCCAUCUGGAUGAGGGGCAGAUGGAGAAGUUGAGGUCGGAUAUCCGGGCUUCCGCUGCGACGGGCACGGAGAACGGGACGGAGGUGAAGGGGAACAGUGGAAAGGACUCGGACGCAAAGAAGGUCGGAAAUGGAAAGGCUCAGGAGGAGGAGGACGAUACGUCGAACCUGGCUUUCGUGUCACCCCUUGUCGACGGUCGCUUGAUCGACGUCGCUCGUCAACAACCAUCUUCCACCUAG